AGUUGGAACAAACAAGACCAAGUUGCUGACAAAAAGGCUGUGAUUCCAUCAUGCUCCUCCUCAUUUUCACUAUUGCAGUUGGAAUUCUCCUGUAUUAUUUCUUUUUCCAUGAGAAUUCCAAGACUAUCCCAGAAGGGGAUGGCUGGUGGGGAGCUGGAGAGCGACAGGAUAUCCAGGAUGAUGAAACCAUCCGCCCAUUCACCAUCGAAACAUCUGAGGAGAUGAUCCAGGACCUGCACUAUCGCCUGGACCAUACUCGCUUCACGCCACCGUUAGAUGACAGUAGAUUUCAAUACGGUUUUAACUCCAGCUACCUGAGGAAGGUCGUGUCUUAUUGGAGGAAGGACUACAACUGGAAGAAACAGCUGGAAUUCCUAAACCAGUUCCCACAUUUCAGAACCAGGAUUGAAGGAAUUGAUAUCCACUUUGUCCACGUGAAGCCCCCUCACCUGCCUCAAGGUCAGACUGCCAUUCCACUGAUGAUGAUCCACGGCUGGCCAGGGUCUUUCUAUGAGUUCUACAAGAUCAUCCCUCAGCUGAUUGAUCCAGCCAGUCAUGGUCGGAGUCAGCAGGAAACCUUUGAAAUCAUCUGUCCAUCCAUCCCAGGUUACGGCUUCUCAGAGGCUCCAUGCAAGAAAGGUUUUAACAGCAUCGCUGCAGCUCGUGUGUUUUGCAAGUUAAUGCGGCGCCUGGGGUUUGAUCAGUUCUAUGUGCAGGGAGGAGACUGGGGGUCUCUGAUUGCCACUAACAUGGCCCAAAUGAAGCCAGAGAAUGUGAAAGGAAUCCACUUGAAUUUGUUCCCUGUUUCCAGGAUGGGACUGAAGAUACUUCCCUCCCUCUUACUUGGGCAGUAUGCUCCAUCCCUUGUUGGAUUCACCCAGACUGACGUUGAGCGGAUCUAUCCGUUUGUUGAAAAGAAUGUCUAUGAUCUGCUGAAGGAAUCUGGCUACAUGCAUAUUCAGGGCACAAAACCUGACUCCCCAGGUUGUGCUCUGAAUGACUCCCCUGUGGGCUUGGCUGCUUAUAUACUGGAGAAAUUUUCAACAUGGACCAACAAGGAUUUCCGGGAACUUGAAGAUGGAGGCCUGACGAGGAAAUUCUCCCUGGAUGAACUUCUGACCAAUGUGAUGAUCUACUGGGUGUCAGGCUCCAUUACCUCCUCCAUGCGCAUGUACAAAGAGAACCUAGGAAUUAACUUCAGGAAUCGGGUUGAUGCCAAGAUUGGAGUUUAUGUUCCCACUGGAUUAGCUGCAUUUCCCAAUGAGUUGGUGCAUGUCCCAUUGGUCUGGGCCAGGCAGAAAUACAAGAAGAUUGUGACCUUCUCGUACAUGUCCCGUGGGGGACACUUUGCAGCUUUUGAGGAGCCGCAUCUAUUGGCUGAGGAUAUCUGGAAUUUUGUGCAAACUGUGAAAAAGAAUGGCUGAGAAUUCCAGUUCCUUGAGUGUUUGAGAAUCUAGUUCCCAUAUGAUAGCUCUUCAGAUUCCAAGCUCUGUCUGAUAAGUAAUGCUGGUACUGUCUGGGACAUUUGCAAGCUAAUGAAAAUUGAAUCAGUGUUAUUGGAGAAUUCAUCACAUUCUGUUCGACUAAUGAAUCUGAAAUCUGUUUCAAUUGAGAGAUUCUAUUUCUUGAUUCAAUAACAAAUUUAAAAAAAAUUCCUGAUGUUAUGAUUGUGAGAGGAGAGGGCAGAAAAAUAAGCUCCAUUUCUCUAUUGUACCAAAAGCGUAAUCUGUGUGGAACACCAUCAAAUUGGACAGAAUAUUAAACAGCAAAGAAUGACCAAAAGAUUAAUAAAAAGAAAAGAAGUUAAGGUAUGAGAGAAGGUUAGCCAAAAAUAUUCGAAAAAAAGAAAUGUUUCUAUAAAUAUUUAAAGGAGAAUAGUGUUGGUCUUUUUGAUAGACUGAAGAAUUAAUAUUGGAAAAGAAGGAAAUGACAGAUGAACUGAACAGGUAUUUUGCAAUAGCCUUCACUAUUGAGGUUACAAGUAACAUCCCAAAAGCAGCAAUAAGUCAGGAAAUGGAAGGGAGGGAAGAACUCUGGAAAAUCACCAGAGGAACCGUACUGAGUAACAUGGCUGAUGACUACCUGGUAUGUACCUGACAUAUGUUCCUUCUUUUUCUUUAUCAAACUCCUGAUAUCCCUUGAAAUCCAGUGUUCCCAGAAUUUGCUGUCCUUGGCUACAUUCUGAGAGGAAUACACAAUCCCUCAAUGCUCAUUUUACUACUUUUUAAAGACACCCAUUUUCCAAAUGUAAAUAUACCUGCAAGUAGGUGUUCCCAGGGUAUCUUUACCAGUCCGGUCUCAUUACAUUGACAUUAUUCUUCCCCCAAUUUAGACAUUUAACUUGUGGAAUAUCUUUAUCCUUUUCAUAACAACAUUGUGACAGAGUUAUGGUCACUACCCACUUGACCAGUUUCAGUCCCUUCGACUAGGUCCAGCACUCAUUCCCAUCUCUACUGGGACUAUCUAUGAACUGGCAGUAAAAUCUCUCCUGAAAACACUUUAAAACUUCCAUGCCAUCUAAUCUUUCACACUAAGAUAAUCCCAGUUUUACCUGCAUAUCCAUUAAUAUCAUUUAUUGUAUCUGUUGCUCCUGGUGCGGUCUCCUCUAUAUUGGGGAGACUGGGCGCCUCCUAGCAGAGCGCUUUAGGGAACAUCUCCGGGACACCCGCACCAAUCAACCACACCGCCCCGUGACACAACAUUCCAACUCCCCCUCCCACUCUGCUGAGGACAUGGAGGUCCUGGGCCUCCUUCACCGCCACUCCCUCACCACCAGACGCCUGGAGGAAGAACGUCUCAUCUUCUGCCUCGGAACACUUUAACCCAGGGCAUCAAUGUGGACUUUAACAGUUUCCUCAUUUCCCCUUCCCCCACCUCACCCUAGUUCCAAACUUCCAGCUCAGCACUGUCCCCAUGACUUGUCUGGACUUGUCCUACCCUCCUAUCUCCUUUUCCACCUAUCCACUCCACCCUCUCCUCCUUGACCUGUCACCUUCAUCCCUUCCCCCACUCACCCAUUGUACUCUAUGCUACUUUCUCCCCUCCUCCACCCUCCUCUAGUUUAUCUCUCCACCCUUCAGGCUCACUGCCUUUAUUCCUGAUGAAGGGUUUUUGCCCAAAAUGUCGAUUUUGCUGCACUUUGGAUGCUGCCUGAACUGCUGUGCUCUUUCAGCACCACUAAUCCAGAAUCUGGUUUCCAGCAUCUGCAGUCAUUGUUUUUACCCAGUUAAUGUUGUGAUGAGGAGGUGCCAGUGUUGGACUGGGGUGGACAUAGUUAAAAAUCACACAACACUUGGUUAUAGUCCAACAGGUAUAUUUGGAAGGAUCAGCUUUUGGAGCGCUGCUCCUUCGUCAGGUAGCUCGUAAUGCUCCCACCUCUCUUACAGCCUCCCGUCAUGACUGAAAUUUGUGGAAUGUUGAGCUGCCAGUCUGCCCUUUCUUCAACCAUUUCUCAAUGAUUGUAAUAUCAUAUUCUCAUGUGCUGAUCACUGCUCUGUAAGUUCAUCUGCCUUCUCAGGCAGGCUC